UUCCAGGCCGUAUUGCUGUUGAGUUCUGACCUGGUGACGCUGUUCUCCAGAGGAAACCCAGUCCUUGAAAAAAUCAGUACUCUCAAUUAAUUCAGUCGCACAGUGUACGAUACCACGGAUAAAAGAAUUACUUCCAGAGGAAAUUGUGAAUUUAAUUGUAAGAGACUUGUGCUCUCCUCAUGUGCUGUCAUCCCUGAAGCCACAGGGCUGAUCUAUCUGAAUCACGACAUUGGCCCACCCAUUCCACCGAGACGAAGCUAAAAAUGCCAAUGGGAAAUCACGUGCCACUCCAGGAUAUGGGAGCUGGACGAGGUCAGGGUGGUGGAGGACCUCCACAGAAUUGCAUGAAGGUGUUCGUCCAGAGGGACUACACCGAGGGUACAAUGGUGAAAUUCCAAACGAGAUUUCCACCCGAGCUGUCUGACAGAUUGGACCCUGAGACAUUCGAGUACACGAUAAAUCAGCUGAACAAUUACUUCGCCGAGGCAGAGAGUGGCAGUUGCUCCACGUACUGCGAAGGAUGUCUAGCGUGUCUGACGGGUUAUUUAAUUUACAUAUGUACCGAGACUCACUAUGAAAAGUGUCUCCGUAAAGUAGCAAAGUUCAUCUGCGAACAGAAUGAUCGAGUAUACAGGCCACGUGGUUUACUUUUAACCGAUCCCACAACACGUGGCCUCAGACUUAUAGAGAUAUCAAUACUCGACAGGCCUCCAUCGUGACUGCAUGUUAGCCAAUCCGCGGAAUUCUUCAUGUGACUCCUGCGUCUCUGCAAUUUCCACAGAAAAAAAAAAUGUUUUAAAAAAACAAACACUAAAAUCAACUCCUCGUAACGCGCAAUAUCGUCUUCAUUACCUGGCAAGUGUGAUUCGUCGCGCGAUUACAUGAUUUAUUGUCCAAUGAAAGGAAGUGCCCCCUCUUGUCACGAAUUUUUUAUAAAUAUAAAACGGUCCCCAGGUUGCACUUCUUAGUCAGCCACGUGGGGUGCACAUUGCUCUUUAUUUUUGACGAUUUUUACUUCAUUAGAUGGAAAUAAGUAAGAUUAUUACUACGGUAGAGGGAUUCGCAGUUGUAAUACUAAAUUAAAUGAAGGAAAAUGCAUUUAUGGAGGAAAUCAAGUUCAAAACAUUCGGAGAUCUCAGUCUCUUUCAGUAUCUUCCUUUAUUCCCUCGUAAAUCUUCCAGUUAUCCCCUCAGGGAAAGAUUCAUUGUGCUAUUAUUAUUUUGUUUUCUCUCACGCAGCUCACAGAAAAGCAAAACAAAGAGGGAUAAAUACAGCGCGAUACGAGAUUGAUAUGAUUUGCUAUUAUUUCUAGACGAAAUUCUUGGAAAAUUUCCCCCGGUGAAGAAAUCCACGGAUUGGCUAAGGAUUUAAUCAAACAAAAAUAAUGAUAAACCUCACACUCGUUAAUUACUGCGCUUUUUAAACUUGUAUCGUGUAUAAUAUGUCGUAAUGAUUUUCAAUUAAUUUUCGACUUUGGAAAGUAAACUGGGUGUUCAUUUUCACACCUGAUAUCGUACAGAAAAAAAAAACUAAAAAAACCCAAAAUAAUAGAUGGUGGUGGAAAGAUAAUGUAAGCGACCUUAAGCUCAAAGAAUAAUUUCAGCCUCAUUUUCGGAUGACAUCAGAAGAAUAAACAAUUCUUAUCCAAAAGGUUGAAGAAUCAUUCGGAACUAUCACUUGUUGGAUAUGAUUGGUGUUCUUGUGGCUGAAAUUUUUUUAUUACUGAGCGUUCGGGAAGGAGAACAAGUUGCAUUUGUUCGUCUUCUCCCCUAUCCACUAAGGCCCCACUUACUCCGAUUAUCGUGCCGACUGCCCACGAGGAAUCCACAUAAAUCUCAUUUUCAAAAAAA